GCAGGCAAUCUCUCUCUAAAUACCUCCCAUGCCAUGGAUGUCAUAAUCAAACACAUGAUCCGAAGUAAGUGACCAUAAAAAGGUGAAGUCAACCUACACACCGCACUCCAGUUCACCACCAAAAUUUCUACUCAUCUUCCUAAUUACUCUACACUUCUAUUGCUUAAUUCAUUCAGAUUAUACUCUGUUUAUUAAUCACCCGCAUGAUUCAUUCGUUUCUUCUUCUCUUCCCUCCAUCAUCACCUCUUCAUUCAGCCAUAUACAUCGCUUCAGCCUUCAAGAUCAUCCUCCCCAAUUUAAGCAAAUUCUGGUUUCAAAUUGCUUCCAAUUCUGAUGGAGGACAAGCAAUUGAACAUUAAUCAGCCACUUCUGUCUGUGAGGCGGUUUUCGUCAAUAACUGCAUCAAAGAAGAAUGAAAGUAGAAGAACCAGAAUUUACCAUCCAACUAUGCGUGUCGUUGAAUCUUGUAAAACAGAAUUGAACUCGAAACCGAUGAAGAACACGGGAAGUGUUCCUUUUGGGUGGGAACACAGUCCAGGAAGACCGAAGGAUGAAACAGAUAAACAAAUUCAAACGGAAGAAAACCCUCCGAGUCUUCCAAAGCUUCCUCCAGGUUGGGAUUUGAAACCAAAAAGGAAAGAUUCAGAUAACAUAACUGAAGAAUUUAUUACUGAAUAUGGAAGUGCAAAAUCAGCAAAGAAAGAAAGUUCUGAAUCUGGGAAUGAUGAUGAUGAUGAUGAUACGGAUGAAGCAUUUAUGGAUGCACUUGAUACACUUUCUCGGGGUGAAUCAUCUUUCUAUAAUUGUAGUGCAAGUGGUGUAAGCGGACUUGAAUCAGCCGUUAAACCAUCUGGGAUUCUUUCAGCAGAUCCAAAGAUUCGCAAUUUCAUGAUGGGUCGUUUUCUACCAGCUGCAAAAGCCAUGGCUUCAGAAAUACCACAAAAUAUUUACAGAAAGAACGUUGUGAAGGAGAAGCCACUAGAGGUGAAGAAAAUAGCGAAUAUGGACAACAAGAAGGUGCAGCUUAGAUACGGGCCUAACUUUUUGCAGGAUAUCGGUCAAAAUAAUGAAGAGGAAGAUAGUGAUUAUGAUUACGAUGAACAUGGAAAUAUAUCAUCUAAACUUUGCGGAUUUCUUCCACGUUUUUGCUUAAAAGGUUCCGUUGGUCAUGUAAAUCCAGUUUCAGGAACUCGGACAGCAAAUAGGACACAUGCUACUAGCUCUUCUUCUAUUAGUUCUUUUAGCGAAACUGAGAAUGAGCCUGCGAGGAUUGCUGUAUAUGAGCAUAGAUCAUUCGACAGAUCUUCUGUUCCUGAAACCACGAACCAGAAUAUCUACAACCGUUUGCAGGGAUGUGAGAUUUCUAACAUAGGGUCUCAAUCUUCUGUUCCUGAAAGAAACAAUUCAAGCACACAGAAGCAACGCGCAACUAGCUUUAAGGAAUUACUAGCUGACGAGAAGAACAAGAAUGAAACAGAUGGCCAAGAUGUCUUGAUUGAAAAGACCCUUUAUGUGGAUACUGUGCACAUGAUCAGAUCUCCAAAAGAGCAAUCCAAGUUCAAAGCAGAUGAUACAGAUAUGGUUGCAGAUGAUGAACCGAAAGAUGAUAUGAAAAUGGAAACACAUAUGGAUCAAGAUCCUGAAGAAUGGAUUGACGAUAAAAAUGGUUAUCACGAUUCGAAAGGCUCUCAAGAUGGCGUUUUCGAGCUCCCUGCUCCUCCUCCACUGCCAAAAUCACCAUCAGACUCGUGGCUUUGGCGUACGUUGCCUUCUGUGUCGUCCAAAAACACAGCUAUCCGGUGGAAUCCUAAAUACCCGUCCUCCAACGCUCAGAUAGGACAUUCAGAGGGACCAUUGCUUCCUAUACCAGAAAGGUAGCUUGGAGGGUUUGCUGUUUGAAGUCUUGCUUUUGUGCAUAUAUGUUCUUCAUUUUGGCUGGGAAGUUCAUCAGAUCAAAUGACUUUGUGAUCAUAAAAAUGGGAUUUUUUUUUUUCUUUUUUUCUUUUUUCUUUUAGUGGGUUGAUAGGUUUAGUUUUGUUUUUGGUGGGCAUAUCAUUUUUUCACUUUGUAAUUAAAAGGUGAAGAAGAAUAAACAAGUGUUCAUUGUAGAGCUUCAAAAUAAGAUGGGAGUUUUGAGGGGUU